CAUGGGGGGAUUUGACAUGCAGUGAUUGAAGUUAAACGGAGGGAAAAGGUUGGAAAAACAGCGCGUUAGAAUGUCGUGAACACAGAAUACAAAUCAACGAAGCAAAAUGGUAGCAAGCCGUGCCCUGGCAGCGGCCAAAGCAGGGGAUCUGGAGUCGCUACGAGCUCUGGAAGCCGAGUCGAACUUGUCCCAAAACAUUGUGGACGAAAACGGCGCAACGUGCUUACAUUAUGCUGCACGAAAUGACAGGUGUGAAGUUUUGGAUUUUUUGGUAAAUCAUUGCGGAUUCCUGGGGAAUAAACGAUCUCAUGUCGGUUCUACAGCAGCACACGAUGCCGCGGCGACAGGAAACUUGAAGGCCUUGUCUUGGUUGCUGUACAACACUGACUGCAAAGCAGACGAUCAGGAUGGUUCCGGGGCGACGGCUGCACAUCUCAGCUCUCUUUACGGCCACACCUAUGUUCUUAGAUGGCUGAUUGAAAAAACAAACUGUGACAUUCUCAAGAAAGCUUCCUCAGGGGCCAUCCCUCUUCACUUCUCCAUCGUGGGUGGCGACAUCAGAGCUGUCAAAUUGUUGGUGGAACAAGCCCCCAGGUCAGUAAAUAUUCAGAUGCAAAAUGGAGCCAGUGCGACAUACCUCUGCAGUCAGGAAGGAAAACUGGACAUUCUGAAAUUCCUUGUACUGGAGGCUAAGGCAUCAAUAAAGAUGGAUGCUUAUGAUGGAAUGUCUUGUUUGCAUGCUGCAGCUCAGAUGGGAAACCUAGACAUUGUUAAAUGGCUGAUUGCAGAGCAGCGAGCAAACCCCAAUGUGCGAGACUUUGAUGGCGCCACACCGCUACAUUAUGCCGCAAGCCGGGGCCACAGAGAGAUUGUGGAAUGGAUGCUACAAAACGGCGGUGCCAAAAUAGCAUUGGACAACAUCGGAGGAAGUCCACUUCACAACGCAGCUGAGCUCGGACAAGUGGAGUGUGUUCGAGCCUUACUAAGCAAUGGCUGUAACCCCGAUAUCCCCGACAAUUGUGGCCUCACAGCGGCCGAGCUGGCCGAAAAGUGUUUCCGUGAUGAUUGUGCAGAGACCAUCAAACGACAGCAACAGGGAGAGGAUGAUUAUGAUACCCCAGAUUCUCCAGCUUAUGAGAACGCAGUAUUCCAUGGACUGAUUGCAAAUGGUCAGAGCGGACAACGGUCAACUCCAGUGGUCAGACAAAGCGUUAGUAGCGAUCAGUUGUCUGGAAGCAGAGCCCCAGUUCCCUCAACAUCCUCCCACAAUAUCCAGUAUUCAGAGAAAACCAGUACAAAUGGUAAAUCCUUUGGUCACAACAAACCUUAUCAACAGUCCCAAGAGACUGGGGAGUGUGAGUUUAUAGAGGGCAAGCGACGAUCGUGGAAGCCAUUAUCUCGACCCCAAAUUCCUAUCACAGAGUCUCACCCCUCCCCAUCUGCCCAAAAGGCACAAGGCAUACACCAGCCAAAGUCACCUACUGCCAAGUAUUCCCCUUCCCCACCUCCAACCCAAAGCGCACUAUCCUUUCCACGUCUGCGACAGAGCAUUUCAAAUUCCAGUGAACUCUCAUCGUCUGUGUCCACGCUCAGCUCUGUUUCUCACACAGGGGAUGUUGCCGGGGACGAGGAUGAUUAUUAUGAACCAGUUCGAGGCAGUUUUAAUAUAGAGAAGCUUCGACAGCGUUCCCCUACACCCCCUGCAUCUCGCAAGAAGAGUCCUUUGAGAGAAAGUCAUCAUUUGGAGUCCCACCCAGAGUCUCCACCCAUACCUGCUGGUGUCAGAAGUGGGAUCAACUACAAUAACAACAAUAACAACAACUGGGAACAGCCACAAUACGGGCAGUUGAAGUCUGUGUUUUCUACACGACAGGAAAUAGAGAACCGUGAGUGGGAGAGAGAGCAGAAGUACAUCACACAGCUGACCGUACAGGAUAGCUCAGCCUUCACUCCCCCGGGAUUAUCACCACCCCUCACACCACCCUUCCCUCCCCCUCCUCCACCACUUCUCUCUGCCUCUCCACCCUUAGCUUCCUCUCUUCCCUUCCCAGCACCCCCGCCUCCCCCACCUCCUCCACCCCCACCCCCACAGGUUGCGAGCAAGUCUUGGCAAGGAAGAAGGAUGAAUGGCGCUGCGGACACUAAUGGGGCAGUCUCAUCUGGACCACCUACUCUUAACGGUAUUCUGGAAGCACAGGCCUCGUUAAGGCCAACUAGCCUUAACGGAGGAAGUAAUGGUGGAUCAAACAGAAAUUCACUGACAUCCCCGUCUCCAGUAGGGUCUGGUACGGACCAGUUGAUCGCAGAACUACGCUCUGUGGGCGGGUCAGCGUCUCUCAAGAAGACAAACCGAGGGUCAAGGUCAGGUAGCGUCACAUAUUCCUACACCCCAGGGGCCGGUUUACAGCCUGUGACCUCACCACCCGGAUCGCAGAAUGGGAUGGUCAAAGAAAGCAACGCCCUUACAAAUAGGGAGAAAGAAUUGGAUGAGCUAACUAAGAGGUUCCACUUUAAGAAUUUUCUUGACAAAGUGGGUGAUUCGUCAAUGCCGGACUGGAAGCGUCAGUUAUUGGCGAGACAGAUGGCUGAGAAAGCGAAGAAAGAGUAUGAAGAGAAGAAAAAGGUGGAGGACUAUGAAGCUCGGUUUAAAGGCAUGCCUAGCUGGAAGAGAGCUCUGAUAGAGAAGAAAGAAACAGAAGGAAGUGAUGAAGAGACAUAAUGAGGGGAGCAUCUGCUAACAACCAGAACAGCACGAAGAAGUAACAAAUCAUCGGACCUAUCCGAUGUUAAAGACCCAGUACAAGGGAGAGUACCCCACUGCUUAUCUUCGUUGACUUUCCCCUCUGAUACUUUCUCGCUGCAUCGUGAUUGAGCGUUGACAGCGGCUCUUGACACCACUGGAAUUUUUUCUUUUUUAUCCUAUAGUUAUUCCAGAAGUUGACUCGACAGCCAGAUGACUGACCUCGGGAUUUGCCUGGUAAACCAAUCAGACUAAAGAGUGACAGAAGUUGACUCAACAGCCAGAUAACUGACCCCGGGAUUUGCCUGGUGAACCGAUCAGACAAACGAGCGACCUCGUCUGUGUAAAUGUUACCACAGAAUAGUGUCUGUUGUGUGAUAACAAAAAUACCGCAUAAGUAUUCUAGACCAAGUGAUGAUUUGUUGCCAUGACAACUGACUUUUUCUCAGCAUUACAGUUAUGAUUGACAUGCAUAUCAUUAGCACUUUGCCCUGACAAGGGUAUGUAUAAUAACUUUGAUGUCAUCAAGGUCAUAAAUGCUUGAUACUGGACCAGAUAUAACAUAUUGAAGGGCACAGAUGUUGCAGAUGUGUGUCAAUUUAUGAUUUCUGUAGCGCCCAUUCACCUUGAUUCAAAGGAAGCAAGCUCUUGUUGUUGUUCUGUGAAUGGAUCAAUGACUAACAUUUGCGGAUUUGUAUAGGCUGGAAGCCAGGAUUUGAUCAUGAUGUCGAGUCAAGCAGAAGGGGAAAUCAAGUGACUACAAAAUGUUGAAUCAUUCUGUGUUAAGGCUUUUGAAUUACAUGUACGUGUACAACGAGUUUGGAACAAAAGUUAAGCAAUUAUAUAUACAGUUCAAGUCAAAUGCAUGGAAGUGAUGAAUUCUAUGUUUAUAGAUUUCCAGGAGCUGGCCUAAAGACAUACAUGUACGGCUGUCCAAUCGGGUCAGAACUACAGCUACUGUACAGGUGUAAUUGAUCACCAUCAUGUGUGAUAUCACGUGUGGAGGCUGAAUACCAUGUGUCGUUUCUGAUCAGCUUUCAUAAUGUGCUUGGGCAAAGGCCUGGCUAUGACUGGAUUUAUACACAGAAUGUCUAUGUAGCCAUGUUGAUAAUAGUGGCGCUUGUGAACAGGCCUUGUUGUGACAGGCUAGUAUUGCACACCGGUACUAGUAGCGUAGUACAUGCAUGUAUAGGUAGCCAUGUUGAUUAUAGUGGUGCUUGGGAACAAGUCUGGCUGUGACAGGCUAGAAUUGCAUUGAGUUGUAUGAAGUUGAAGAAGACUUUAUUGCAAAAUGUUAAAAUUUAAAAAGUUUAAGGUUACUUAGUAUGCUCAGUCUCUUUACAUUGGAAACUUGCCUGGAAAAGUCUUAAAAAGCUUUGAGGAUUGGUCGAGUUAUUGAAGAGAAUCAUGUAGCAUGAUUAAUUAAUGUAUCAGAGUAUAUGUAUAUUUAAUCUGUUUGUAAAUAUAAGCGAUGUGGGUUGAAAAUUUCUGGAAAAUGACUGCAUUACCUGUCAUGCAGCUGUCAAAGCACUAUGUAUUUAUCACAGUACUUCAGAGGUAAAAUCUAGCAUGCAAAAGGAGAAUGUUUAAAACAUAUGCGAAAAAAUCUGCACUGGAAAGAUCAUUGAAAACUACAUCAUAAAAAAUCUUCAGUGGUAUUUUUUUUUCUAGGUUUUUUGAACUCAAUGAAGUGCAGUCAAAUGUUUAAAUUCAGUGGUGGGCUUUUUAAACUGCUUUAGGCCUCAGAAAAGUGAAACAAAUUUUCUUCAUCGUAUACAUCAUAUUUAAUAACAAGUGAUAUAGCCAGAGUCACCAGUAAGUGCCACAUUAACACAGAUGUGAAAAUAAUAGCAUAUAUAUCUGGGUUUCAUGUCACUGCUAUCCAGAAUAAACGUUAUGGUACAUAUUACAAGCCCACCAUAUAACUCAAGCAUUUAACUGGAUUUUAUUUGGCCAAAAAAAUCAAAUCUAAAACAGUUGAAUUAGGUAGUACUGGAUAUAGUUUUCACUGGUAUUUCCAUUGAGACUUGCUCCUUUUUUUGACUUCUUUUAUUUUAUAAAUAACAGGAUAUUUAAUAUGGGUGUACAAGGGGAGGUAAUUAUACAUAUAACAUUCGCUGAAAUAUGAUAACUAAGAAUUUAAUACUUUCCAGUUUCUCUUAUUGCACUUAAAGUGACAUCUUACAUAAGAUGUUAUGGCAAAGGUUUACUCCAUGAAAGAAUUUGUCUGACAUAUGUAAUGGCCUGGAUUUGCUGAAAAUUACCUUUGUAGCACACAGUGUCGUAGUUUAAGGGAUUCUUAGGUACAGAGUCUGUGCUGAUUGACUGCUGUGAGAGAUACACAAGGCAGACUAAGCUGAAGUUUAGUUACUGUUGAUUCAGUAGAUACGUGUGUGGACUCAAGGGUGACCAAAGUUAUACACCUUAACCCAAUAUCUCCUAUCUAUACUGUCAGCCAGUCAACAUUGGGUCUGAGUCCUUUGAAUGACAUUUGGUCAUUUCAGUGAGUAGUAAGAUGAUGCUUCUAUUCUGUACGUUUACUGUUAACCACAGUUGAUAAUAGCAGAAAGGAUGGAAUUGAAAUAUCGCGCCACAAGGAAGCAGGGAUGCACAGGGUCUUGUAAGCUCAGUUAUGUGCUGUGUUAAAUACAUUGCACAGUCUUCACAGUAUUAGAAUAGAAAUAAAUUUCUGGAGGAAAAGGAUUUCUCUAUAUUGUGUGUGAAUUAUUAUCAAAGUUGCCUAAACAGAAAGAGAAAAAAAUAUGUGUUUAGACACAACAAUUUUCUCAAAGAGUCGCCAAAUACAUAGUACCAGGACACCAGGCAAGAAAUAAAAAUGAAGAGCUAUUUAAGAAACGUUUCACGUGAUAUUGAAGGAGAUGAUCAGUGUAUACAGGUAUAGCUUGCACAUUUUUCUUUGUUGAGCAGAUUGGAGGUUGUGAACCACAUGUACAGUACAUCAUACACAAGUACAUGUGAUGUGUCACCCUUACCUCAUCUACAGACAAUAGCCUCAUCUACUGACAAUAUCCUCACUAAAAACAUUUUAUACCAUUCAGGAUUGUGUGUACUCAUUAAAGUAACUUUAAUCUAAUUCAGGUUUAGUCUUCCUCAUGCAAAAAGCUUGUGCAUUACACACACACACACACAC